AUGGUGGCUUUCAUUGGAUUACUAUUGCCCCUUUUAGUAGGGGCUAUUUGGGCAGAAGAAAGCGAGGAGUCUGAAGAAACGACCGAGUUGAGGAGCCAAUGGGGCAAGGAGUACGGAGACUACAACUUUGCGGGGGAGCUCUAUAACCAUGUGGGCUCUACCAUGGCGGAUGACCAGGAUUUUGUGAUCUCACCUCUGGGCGUUUCUCAGGCCCUGGGAUUACUGCUCUUCGCCGUGGGUCCCAAAUCAGCGGCAGAAAUCGACGCCGUUCUAUAUCCGAAGGAAGCCAAUGCGAGUGGUUUAGCUCCUCGAAAUUUUCUGCAGAGUGGUGAAUUAACCUAUGCAACAGUGGCUGCUUUGCGACCGGAUAUCUAUAUAAAUCCUGGGUUCUUAAAGGAUGCUGCAGAUCUGGAUUCCUACGUAUACAAGACGCACUUUGCCCAGCGGGAUGUGCAGCCAUUUAGUGACUUUCUAAGCCUUAAAUCCCACGGUAAAAUCGAUGUGGGUCUUCAGGAACUACUAGGCGAUUAUAAUCCAUCAAAUCGACUGCUAUUCUUCAAUGUCCUAGACUUUACAGCUGAGUUCAAAUAUGGCUUCCACAUUGAAAAUCGAGUUUUGGUUGCCAGAAGGACCUUGGCGUGGCACGGAUUUAUUCCGGAGUUGAGGACUCGAGUUCUGGGAUUGGGUCUCAAGGAUUCCAGUGCUGAACUGAUGAUCCUGCUUCCAAUUCGAAAGGCCAACAUUGAGAUGGUGGAGAGCAGAUUGCGGACCGUGGAUGUGCGAAAGAUACGCAGUCGAUUGAAUAUAACCCUAAUGGACAUCAGUCUGCCAAAGGUGGAAAGUAGCAAGCUUCUGAAUUUAAAGAAACCCCUGAGGGAAGCGGGCAUAAUCACAGUCUUUAACAAAACCACAGCUGAUCUGAGUGCCUUCAAAACUGAGUUGCCCCUGGAUGAUGUUAUAGUUUACACAAAAAUGAAUAUAUUUAGUCAAGGCAUCAAUGGGAGAUCUUCGAAUACCAGCAAUAGUGAACAGAUUUCUCAACUGGAGGUAGAUAGCCUAAGAGCCUUCGUCCAGGAGGAGAAACCAGUGCAGUUUGAGGCUCUCAGGCCGUUUAUUUAUGCGGUAUUGGACUCGCGACAUGUCUACUUAAUGGGUCGUCAUUUUCCACCUGUGUGA